AUGUCUGUCUCCGUCCUCUUUCGCUCUCAUCGCACGGGGCUCCGACAAUUAGGAUGCCGAACGACUCGCGCCUUUCUCGCCGCUUCCACCCGACACUUUUCUAAUUUCCUCGUCACCCCCCAAGAACUCGCCGACGCGUUGGAGAAGAACCCUCCCAAAGUCAGCCCCGAACCCAAGACCGUAGCCGUCUGCGCCGCUUGGUUCCUCCCCAACGAUGAACGCACAGGAAUCCAAGUCUUCCGAGAGACACGCAUCCCCAAGGCGCGCUUCUUCGACCUCGACAAGGUGAUCAAUAAGCACUCGCCUUACCCCCAUAUGCUCCCCGAUGCGAAGGAAUUUGCGCUAGCGAUGAGCGAGAUCGGUGUUCGACGGGAUGAUACGGUUGUUGUCUACGAUACCAAGGAGCUCGGCAUCUUUAGCGCGCCGAGGGUCGCCUGGACUAUGAAGCUCUUUGGUCAUCCCAAGGUUCACCUACUCAACAACUUCAAGCUAUGGGUUGAUGGAGGAUUCCCAAUCGAGACCGGCGAACUGUACAGUGUUGACUGCUGUACCUAUCCGAUCCAUCCUAUGGAUGAGUCCAAGGUCGCGUCGUUCGAGGAGGUCAAGGAUAUUGCGUUAGAUUACGGCAAGGAGGGUGCUGAGGGUGUCCAAAUUCUCGAUGCCCGCCCCACUGGACGCUGGACUGGAAAGGACCCGGAACCCCGACCUACUAUUUCUUCUGGGCAUAUUCCCGGAUCUAUCAGCCUUCCGUUCAGCGCCGUUCUGGAUCCCGAGACCAAGGCUUUCUACGAGCCGGAGAGGUUGCGGAAGAUCUUCCAAGAGAAGGGAGUCGAUCCCGAGAAGCCAAUUAUUUCGAGUUGCGGCACCGGCGUAACCGCUUGUGUUCUCGAGACCGCACUUGAAGUUGCGAGCUAUGGCUCCGCGGAGUCGAGGAGAGUGUACGAUGGUAGUUGGACAGAAUGGGCGCAGAGGGUCACUCCCGCUGAGAACCUCAUUAUCAAGACCGAAGGCGAGGAGGAUGCUGCUUAA